CUCUUUUCUGAUUCACUCUUCCUUGCUUCUCUGGGUUUAUUUUACGAUGCUUUUAAGGUGUUCAAGUUGAUUUUAAGUUGUUUAAUACCUGCUUUGAUUAACAAGAGAGGUAGUUAGGGUUAGAUAUUUUCAAGUAUGUUUGUUGCUAGGUCCAACGGAUUUUACCAUGAAGUGUUCUUUUUAUUGCCUUCUAGACAGUUUGUAACUUUGCAUUUGAUUUCCUCUUUUGAAGCAGCAGGAUUCUUUUCGUUCUGAUUUUUACUGGUUUGCUCACGUUCUGGUGCAUUCUGUUUUUUUCUCUUGUUAAUUUGGACGCUCUAUUGUACUUUUCCAUUCUCAUAAUGGUUACCUUACCUUCUCGAAAACUCAUAAUCAGAUGCGUGUUUCUCUGUUAUGAAUGGGAAAGAAGACAGCAGUGAUUUCCUCUAUCCACAAGUCCUUUGUCCCCUGCCCCAAUAAACUAAAACCUUAGAUUUCUUUUCUCUCCUCCCUACGAAUUGCUUUUUAUUUACUACUGGACACGAAUAGGUCAGUGGUUAGGACUAUACGCUCCUUGGGGGUAACUUCUUCCUCGGCUGCGACCUUCUAAUCAGGUCUGGGAAGAUGUAACUGGACAACCGAACACAGAGGAGCAAAUGCUGCAGAGAGGCCACGUAUGGGCUCGAAUUGCCCUGCCCUUUCCAUCGCCUUGAACAGCCCCUGGAUGUACAACCGAACAUAGAAGCGAGACCCGCCGAGUCCGGCGCCACCUGCCCCAAAACCGCGAUUCCUAGAAGCCUCCCGGCGCGCUGGGCGGCCGAAUCGCUGUGCGUCGUGGAGCGCUCGCCUCCCCCACUGCGGCCCCGGCCUGGGCAACACCGGGUCGGUGGUGCCGCGGGAAGCCGGCGCGGGGCGGGCUCGGCGAGGAGGGGGAGGCCGCGGCCCCGGUUGCGCAGGCGCACACCUGUCCUUGAGGGAGGGUGGGCAGCGCGGGGCUCAGAAACGGCCGGAGGGAAGCUCCGGGUCCAGCGAGGUGAGUCCUUGCUCCCCGGCGCGCGCUGCCGUAGGGAUCCCAGAAGGCAGCGGCGGUUUCCGCAGUGAGCACACCCUCCGGCAGCCCUGCGAGGAGCGGAGACCCGACUGCGCGCGUUUGCGCGGAGAGGGGUCUGGGUCCCCCGGGGUCCCGCCCCGUGGGGGUGGGGCUGGCCCGGCCCCCCUCACCUCUUCUCCGGAUCCAGGGGCAAAGGGAAGCGUGGGGAAUUGUAACCGGCCUGGAGAACAGCCUCCUCCCCAAGCUCCCCAAGAGUGGGCCUCUGCCCAGGGCCGUGCGCAGUUCAGCUGGAGGUGGCGCCGACGGGGCAUCACCCUGGGAUACAGGCUUCUGCGCUCGUCUUCUUCGGCGCCUCCUUUGUCCUCGGCCAGCGGCCUCUGUGUGCCAUUAAUGGCCUCUAGUGGUGCCCCUGAAAGACUCCCGCUGGUAUGGGCCUUCUCCAGAGCCAGUCCAGGCCAACAUGGCUGCAUCACUAACAGCAGCUAAAAUGCUGGCCCUUCCGGGUACACGGCAUCAAGAGAAGAUUAUGAUGAUGGAGACAAGGGAAGAGAAACAGGCUUGGAAGCGUGAGACCGGGCUACGUGGGAACUACUCUCCCAGCCAGGAGAUCUUCCGCCAGCGCUUCAGGCAGCUCUGCUACCAGGAGGCUCCUGGUCCCCGAGAGGCCCUGCGCCGACUAAGGGCACUCUGCUGCGAGUGGCUGAGGCCUGAGAGGCACACCAAGGAGCAGAUCCUGGAGUUCCUGGUGCUGGAGCAAUUCCUGACCAUCCUGCCCGAGGAGCUCCAGUCCCGGGUGCGGGGACAUCACCCUCAGAGUGCAGAGGAGGCUGUGACAGUGCUGGAGGAUUUAGAGAAGGGACAUGAUGAACCAGGACCGCAGGUCCCAGGCCCUGCACGUGGACCUGCACAGCAAGAGCCGAGGGAGGAGAAGGCACCUCUCGGAGCAGCCCAGGAGAAAGCAGGCAUCCAGCUCCAGCCUCGGGACACCCGGCCUUUCCCAGAGAGUGAACAGGUAUAUUUACAUUUUCCAUCAGUUACUACAGAAGAUGAUGCAGAGCCCGAGGACAAAGGCUCAUUGCCACAGCCGCCCAUUACUGAGGUGGAAGCACAGGUGCUCAGGGAAAAACUCACCUCCAGCACCUCUACGUUUGAAGCUGCUUCGGAAGCUGAGGCCCCUUUCGAGGAGCAGCAGAGAAAUCUCCGAGGGGAGAGACCGCGGCGGUCCCCCGCCCGGGGGAAGAGCUUCGGGCAGAUGGUCGUCACCCAUAAGACACCUCCCCCAGGGAAGAAAGACCACGAAUGCCUUGAAUGUGGUAAAGCCUUCAUUUACAACUCACACCUUAUAAUCCACCAGAGAAUUCAUUCCGGAGAGAAACCCUAUAAAUGCAGUGACUGUGGGAAAACCUUCAACCAGAGCUCAAACCUCAUUCAGCACCAGAGAAUUCACACAGGAGAGAAGCCCUACGAAUGUCGUGAAUGUGGGAAGGCCUUCAGGUGGAGCGCUCACCUCGUUCAGCAUCAGAGGAUUCAUUCGGGGGAGAAGCCCUUCGAGUGUAAUGAGUGUGGGAAGGCCUUCAGUCAGAGCUCCUAUCUAAGUCAGCACCUGCGAAUCCACAGCGGAGAGAAGCCUUUCCUAUGCAGAGAAUGUGGGAAGGCCUACAGGUGGAGUUCAGAGCUUGUUAGGCAUCAGAGAGUUCAUGCUGGGAAAGAGCCCUUCCCGGGGACCCGGGGGAGAAAGCCUCCAGACAGAACUGGGCUUUUGUCUAAUCAGUUUUAGGACUAGAGUCCAUAAACGUUUAGGCACCUUAA